AUGUUGAGAAUAGCAUAUUCACUGAGAUCACGUAUAACACUAGCCAGCUCCACGAUUCGACAUCAAGGACAGAGGCUAGGUCGCUUCCAUAAAUCUGCCAGACUAUUAAAAGACGAAAAAUCAAAGGAAUUGUUGAAAAACCUAGGCGUUAGUUUACAAAAAGGUAACAUAAAUGAAACAGAAAAGGGCCAGGAUGAAAAAGAAUCAAAAGAAGAAGAAGGGUCUGGAAAAGGAAACGGAAAAGAAGAAAGAGAAAAGGGAGAAAAAGGCGAGAAUCUGGAACAGAACUGGUCAAAUGCCAAUAUGGAAAGUGAUAAAAAUAUAGACGCAAAAGAAGAACUGGGAAAAUCUUCAGAACUUGGAACAAAGACAAAGAGAUAUAAUAACCUCAACAGUGGCAACAACAAUGGCUAUAGUGUUGUUGAUAAUAAUAAUAACAAUAAUAAUAAUAAUAAAAAUAACAACAACAACAUUAAUCAUAGCAAUAGUAAAAAGACCAACACUAAUAGGAGAAACAACAAUGACUCGCUGCUUCUGGACAACAAUUCCAGUGCUCUAGAGAAUUUCAAUCAACAACGACAGAAAGAAUUAUACGACAGCGUCUCAUCCAUGUCGCGUCGCGAUUACCUAUUGCAACUAGCACUUGAUGGCGAUGCGUCAUUUGGAAGUUUCGAAAAUCCAAAACGGAUAGACUCGAGAAAGAUACUACGACUGAUCCCUGAUGAAUUGGACCUCACAGAUCCCAAGGAUAUGGAGCGCGUGGAUGAAGUUUACUCGAAAUUAGCUAAGCUUGACUCAAAUCAAGAAAUGCAUCAAAAAUACUUGAAACAAAUCAUUAUAGACUAUGAUAAUUACUUUAUCGAACUCGACCAAACGAUAAGAGGAAUACAGUCCAAGUUUAAACAACUCAGAAGAGGAGAAACUGAUCGGUUUAACGCGGGAUCAUGGGUCUAUGAAUUGGUGAAUGAUCGAAUGAAGUACCCGUACAAUGUUGUUGGAUUUGAUCGAAGCUUUACAGGUAUGCCAUUGAGAUCCGAUUUCUUGCAAAAACCCGUAUGGCCAAGAGAAUUUAUACAGGAUUUGCCAAGGUAUGGUGGCCACAAGAUUCAGUUGAAAAAAGCUGACUUCAAUUUGCCAGAACACGACGGCUCGAUAAAUGUGAAUCCAGCCACAGUCAAACCUUUGCAAAGUCUUUACGACUAUGAAAAUAAUCACAAUAAUAGGAGUAGGCUGAAUGACGGGCUAUAUCACACCACCACCAAUAACAAUAACAACAGCUUGAACAAGGUACAAAAGGCUACACAUGAAUACUUUAGCAAUGUAUGGGGGCUCCCCAAACACUACAUCCCGGUAAAGAGCACUGAAAACUACCAAAGACUAAAUUUGAACAAUCAUCAAAUUACAAAUAGACUCGUUCAAGAGAUCCGAAUUAUGAAAAAACGCCUUACAGAUGAGAUCAAGGCCACGAUGGAGACCUCUAACGUUGUUUUGCUUUCGGCAAACAAAAACUACUAUAAGGACCACAUCAAAUCCAACCAAUACAUACUUUGCGAAAUAAAAGAUGAGCAAGUUGGUUCUUUUUACAUAUGGAAGAGUUUCAGUAUUCUACCACCUUACAUUUUUCUCCCGCUCUCUAAACGCCGAGAACGCAACUUGACCAAGCAUUUACACAAAUUGUUUUUGUUGAAUUUGAAAGAUGAAGUGGAAAUCUUGUUCAAUAUAAAAUAUGACCACACAAGAGACGUCAAGAAGUAUAUGAAGUCCUUGGUAAAAGAGAUUGGCCAUAACAUUCUGUUUCGCCUUUGGCGUUAUUUCAAGAUCAACAAGAGAACUUCGAGGUCAUCGUUGUCACUGAGUUCUGCAUUUCUUUCUGCAUCAUCUUUUCAAUUACCAUUGGUAAAACAAAAGAUGAAGAGCAAAGAUGCCAUACUAUAUAAACCGUUCAAGGACUCAUGUUUCAAGAGGAUCUAUUGGGUGAAAAAGUUGGACGUUAGAGGCAAUAAAAGCUCACAAAAGAGUCGGAAAUUGGGAAAAUGUGCAAAUCGCAUCGAUUUCACCAUCCUUGACGGCAACCUCAUUGAGUAA